GACGCCCGACUUGUGCGCCCGGGAAACCCCGUCGCUCCCUUUCCCCUGGCUGGCAGCGCGGAGGCCGCACGAUGCCCGGAGUUACUGUAAAAGACGUAAACCAGCAGGAGUUCGUCAGAGCUCUGGCAGCCUUCCUUAAAAAGUCUGGCAAGCUGAAAGUCCCCGAAUGGGUGGACACAGUCAAGCUGGCCAAGCAUAAAGAGCUUGCUCCCUACGAUGAGAACUGGUUCUACACACGAGCUGCUUCUACAGCACGGCAUCUGUACCUCCGGGGUGGUGCUGGGGUUGGCUCCAUGACCAAGAUCUAUGGGGGACGUCAAAGAAAUGGUGUCAUGCCCAGCCACUUCAGCAGAGGCUCUAAGAGUGUGGCCCGCCGCGUCCUCCAAGCCCUGGAGGGACUGAAGAUGGUAGAGAAGGACCAAGAUGGGGGCCGCAAGCUGACACCUCAGGGACAGAGAGAUCUGGACAGAAUCGCUGGACAGGUGGCAGCUGCCAACAAGAAGCAUUAGAACAAAAGGAUGCUGGGUUAAUAAAUUGCCUCAUUCGUAA